ACAUCACUGUGCUGGAUGAGAACGACAACAGCCCACGCUUUGACUUCACCUCUGACUCGGCCAUCAGUGUGCCUGAGGACUGCCCUGUGGGCCAGAAAGUAGCCACUGUCAAGGCUCGGGACCCUGAUGCUGGCAGCAAUGGACAGGUGGUCUUCUCCCUGGCUUCUGGUAACAUUGCUGGGGCUUUUGAGAUUGUCACCAGCAAUGACUCCAUUGGUGAAGUGUUUGUGGCUAAAGCCCUGGACAGGGAGGAACUGGACCACUACAUCCUCAAGGUUGUGGCUUCCGACUGUGGCACCCCUCCACGGAAGAAAGAACACAUCCUACAGGUGACCGUUCUGGAUGUCAACGACAACCCUCCAGUGAUUGAGAGCCCCUCUGGAUACAACGUCAGUGUGAAUGAGAAUGUGGGCGGAGGCACCUCUGUGGUUCAGGUGAGAGCCACUGACCGUGACAUUGGGAUCAACAGUGUCCUGUCCUAUUACAUCACCGAGGGCAAUGAGGAUAUGACUUUCCGCAUGGACCGGAUCAGCGGUGAGAUUGCCACGCGGCCUGCCCCACCUGAUCGGGAACGCCAGAAUUUCUACCAUCUGGUGGUCACUGUGGAGGAUGAGGGCACCCCCACACUGUCGGCCACCACCCACGUGUAUGUGACCAUCGUGGACGAGAAUGAUAAUGCUCCUGUGUUCCAGCAGCCACAGUAUGAGGUGGUGCUGGAUGAGGGCCCGGAUACAGUCAACGCCAGCCUUAUCACCGUCCAGGCACUGGACCUGGAUGAGGGGCCGAAUGGCACUGUCACCUAUGCCAUCGUAGGAGGCAACAUCAUCAAUACCUUCCGGAUCAACAGGCACACGGGUGUCAUUACUGCUGCCAAGGAGCUAGACUAUGAGAUCAGUCAUGGCCGCUACACCCUGAUGGUCACUGCCACAGACCAGUGUCCCAUCUUGUCCCACCGCCUCACCUCCACUACCACGGUGCUUGUGAAUGUGAAUGACAUCAAUGACAACGUGCCCACUUUCCCUCGAGACUAUGAAGGACCAUUUGAUGUCACCGAGGGCCAGCCAGGGCCCAGAGUGUGGACAUUCCUGGCCCACGACCGGGACUCAGGUCCCAAUGGGCAGGUGGAGUACAGUGUUGUGGAUGGAGACCCUCUGGGGGAGUUCGUGAUUUCUCCCGUGGAGGGUGUGCUGAGGGUUCGAAAGGAUGUAGAACUGGACCGGGAGACCAUUGCCUUCUACAACCUGACCAUCUGUGCCCGAGACAGAGGGGUACCGCCUCUCAGCUCCACGAUGCUGGUGGGAAUCCGCGUGCUGGACAUCAACGACAACGACCCGGUGCUGCUGAACCUUCCCAUGAACGUCACCAUCAGCGAGAACAGCCCUGUCUCGAGCUUCGUCGCCCACAUCCUGGCCAGUGAUGCCGACAGCGGCUGCAAUGCCCUCCUCACCUUCAACAUCACUGCUGGCAACCGAGAGCGGGCCUUCUUCAUCAAUGCCACGACAGGGAUUGUCACUGUCAACCGGCCCCUGGACCGAGAGCGCAUCCCAGAGUACAGACUGACAGUUUCUGUGAAGGACAACCCGGAGAACCCACGCAUAGCCAGAAAGGAUUUUGACUUAUUGCUGGUCCGUCUGGCCGACGAGAAUGACAAUCACCCCCUCUUCACGGAGGGCACGUACCAGGCAGAGGUGAUGGAGAACUCUCCUGCCGGGACACCCCUCACGGUGCUCAAUGGGCCUAUCCUGGCCCUGGAUGCUGACGAGGAUAUAUACGCCAUAGUCACUUACCAGCUGCUGGGUGCUCACAGUGACCUCUUUGAUAUCCACAACAGCACAGGCGUGGUGACGGUGAGGUCUGGGGUCGUCAUUGACCGGGAGGCCUUCUCACCCCCGCUCCUGGAGCUGCUGCUGUUAGCUGAGGAUGUUGGACUACUCAACGGCACCGCCUACCUGCUCGUCACUAUCCUGGAUGACAAUGACAACUGGCCCACCUUCAGUCCCGCCGCUUACACUGUCCACCUACUGGAGAACUGCCCUCCAGGAUUCUCAGUCCUACAAGUCACAGCCACAGAUGAGGACAGUGGCCUCAACGGGGAGCUGGUCUACCGAAUAGAAGCUGGGGCUCAGGACCGCUUCCUCAUCCACCCAGCCACUGGAGUCAUCCGUGUUGGCAAUGCCACCAUCGACAGAGAAGAACAGGAGUCCUACAGGUUGACAGUGGUGGCCACCGACCGGGGCACUGUCCCCCUGUCAGGCACGGCCAUCGUCACUGUUCUGAUUGAUGACAUCAAUGACUCCCGCCCCGAAUUCCUCAACCCCAUCCAGACAGUGAGUGUGCUGGAAUCGGCAGAGCCAGGCACCGUCAUUGCCAACGUCACUGCUAUCGACCUUGACCUCAACCCCAGACUGGAGUACCACAUCAUCAGCAUUGUGGCUAAGGACGACACUGACCGCCUGGUGCCUGACCAGGAAGAUGCUUUUGCCGUGAAUAUCAAUACAGGGUCUGUGAUGGUGAAGUCUCCCUUGAACCGCGAGCUGGUUGCUACCUAUGAGGUCACGCUCUCAGUGAUUGACAACGCCAGCGACCUCCCAGAGCGUGCCGUCAGUGUGCCAAACGCCAAGCUCACGGUCAACAUCCUGGAUGUCAAUGACAACACACCCCAGUUCAAGCCCUUUGGGAUCACCUACUACACAGAGCGGGUCCUGGAAGGGGCCACCCCGGGUACCACACUCAUUGCUGUAGCUGCUGUUGACCCUGACAAGGGCCUCAAUGGGCUGAUCACCUAUACCCUGCUGGACCUCACACCCCCAGGCUAUGUCCAGCUUGAAGACUCUUCCGCAGGGAAGGUCAUUGCCAACCGGACAGUGGACUAUGAAGAGGUGCACUGGCUUAACUUCACAGUGAGGGCCUCAGACAAUGGGUCCCCACCCCGCGCAGCUGAGAUCCCUGUCUACCUGGAAAUUGUGGACAUUAAUGACAACAACCCCAUCUUUGACCAGCCCUCUUACCAGGAGGCCGUUUUUGAGGAUGUGGCUGUGGGCACAGUCAUUCUGAGGGUCACUGCUUCCGAUGCUGACUCGGGCAACUUUGCCCUCAUCGAAUAUAGCCUGGGGGAUGGAGAGGGCAAGUUUGCCAUCCACCCCAACACUGGUGACAUCUAUGUGCUGUCCUCUCUGGACCGGGAGAAGAAGGACCACUAUAUCCUAACUGCCUUGGCCAAAGACAACCCAGGGGAUGUGGCCAGUAACCGUCGAGAGAACUCGGUGCAGGUGGUGAUCCGAGUACUCGAUGUCAAUGACUGCCGGCCUCAGUUCUCCAAACCGCAGUUCAGCACAAGUGUGUACGAGAAUGAACCAGCGGGCACCUCGGUCAUUACCAUGCUGGCCACUGACCAGGAUGAGGGCUCCAAUGGGCAGCUGACCUACUCCCUCGAGGGCCCCGGAAUGGAGGCUUUCUCCGUGGACAUGGACUCGGGCCUGGUGACCACGCAGCGGCCACUCCAGUCCUAUGAGAGGUUCAACCUGACUGUGGUGGCCACAGAUGGUGGAGAGCCCCCCCUCUGGGGCACGACCAUGCUACUGGUGGAGGUGAUCGAUGUCAACGACAACCGCCCUGUCUUUGUGCGCCCACCCAAUGGUACUAUCCUGCACAUCAAAGAGGAGAUCCCUCUACGUUCCAACGUGUAUGAGGUCUAUGCCACCGACAAGGAUGAAGGACUCAACGGGGCAGUGCGAUACAGCUUCCUAAAGACAGCAGGCAACCGUGACUGGGAGUACUUCACCAUCGACCCAGUUAGCGGGCUCAUCCAGACGGCUCAGCGCCUGGAUCGCGAGAAGCAGGCAGUGUACAGUCUCAUCUUGGUGGCCAGUGACCUGGGCCAGCCAGUGCCGUACGAGACGAUGCAGCCAUUGCAGGUGGCCCUGGAAGACAUCGAUGACAACGAGCCCCUCUUCGUGAGGCCUCCUAAGGGAAGCCCCCAGUAUCAGCUGCUGACUGUGCCUGAACACUCACCCCGUGGUACCCUGGUGGGCAACGUGACAGGCGCUGUGGACGCAGAUGAGGGUCCCAAUGCCAUCGUGUACUACUUCAUUGCAGCUGGUAACGAGGACAAGAACUUCCACCUGCAACCUGACGGGCGCCUGCUGGUGCUCAGAGACCUAGAUCGGGAAAAGGAAGCCCUCUUCUCCUUCAUCGUCAAAGCGUCCAGCAAUCACAGCUGGGCCCCUCCCCGAGGACCCUCCCCAGCCCUCGAUCUGCUCACUGACCUCACCCUGCAGGAGGUGCGCGUUGUGCUGGAGGACAUCAAUGACCAGCCGCCGCGCUUCACCAAGGCUGAGUACACCGCAGGAGUGGCCACCGAUGCCAAGGUCGGCUCGGAAUUGAUCCAGGUGCUGGCCCUGGAUGCAGAUAUUGGCAACAACAGCCUGGUCUUCUACGGCAUUCUGGCUAUCCACUACUUCCGGGCCCUUGCCAACGACUCUGAGGAUGUGGGCCAGGUCUUCACCAUGGGGAGUGUGGAUGGCAUCCUACGUACCUUUGAUCUCUUCAUGGCCUACAGUCCUGGAUAUUUUGUGGUAGACAUUGUGGCCCGAGACCUGGCUGGUCACAAUGAUACUGCCAUCAUCGGCAUUUAUAUCCUGAGGGACGACCAGCGUGUUAAGAUAGUCAUCAACGAGAUCCCAGACCGUGUGCGUGGCUUUGAGGAGGAAUUUAUCCGCCUGCUCUCCAACAUCACGGGUGCCAUUGUCAACACCGAUGAUGUGCAGUUCCACGUGGACAAGAAGGGGCGGGUGAACUUUGCUCAGACAGAGCUGCUCAUUCACGUGGUGAACCGGGACACAAACCGCAUCCUGGAUGUGGACAGGGUCAUCCAGAUGAUCGAUGAGAACAAGGAGCAGCUGCGGAACCUCUUCCGGAACUACAAUGUCCUGGACGUGCAGCCCGCCAUCUCUGUCCGACUGCCGGAUGACAUGUCUGCCCUGCAGAUGGCCAUCAUUGUCCUAGCCAUCCUUCUCUUCUUGGCUGCCAUGCUCUUCGUCCUCAUGAACUGGUACUACAGGACCGUACACAAGAGGAAGCUCAAGGCCAUUGUGGCUGGUUCUGCAGGGAACCGUGGCUUCAUUGACAUCAUGGACAUGCCCAAUACCAACAAAUACUCCUUUGACGGAGCCAACCCUGUGUGGCUGGACCCUUUCUGCCGGAACCUGGAGCUGGCUGCGCAGGCUGAGCAUGAGGAUGACCUGCCUGAGAACCUGAGUGAGAUUGCAGAUCUGUGGAACAGCCCCACACGCACCCAUGGAACUUUUGGGCGUGAGCCGGCAGCAGUCAAACCUGAUGACGACAGAUACCUGCGUGCAGCUAUCCAAGAAUAUGACAACAUUGCCAAGCUGGGCCAGAUCAUUCGAGAGGGGCCUAUUAAGGGCUCGCUGCUGAAGGUGGUCCUGGAGGAUUACCUACGGCUCAAAAAACUCUUUGCACAACGGAUGGUGCAAAAAGCCUCCUCCUGCCAUUCCUCCAUCUCCGAGCUGAUCCACACUGAGCUGGAGGAGGAGCCUGGGGACCACAGCCCCAGCCAGGGCAGCCUCCGUUUCCGCCACAAGCCACCCAUGGAGCUCAAGGGCCCGGACGGAAUCCACAUGGUGCACGGCAGCACAGGUACCCUGCUGGCCACUGACCUCAAUAGCUUGCCAGAGGAUGACCAGAAGGGGCUGGACCGCUCGCUGGAGACUCUGACAGCCUCAGAGGCAGUGGCCUUUGAGCGCAACGCCCGCACAGAGUCAGCCAAGUCCACCCCUCUGCACAAGCUUCGAGACGUGAUCAUGGAGAGCCCCCUGGAAAUCACAGAGCUGUGAUGUAGAGCCUCGCUGCUGAGCAGCCCACCCCACUACCCUCCAGGGCAGGAGCAUGGCCAACUCUCUGCCCAGUCCAGCCUUCGUGAACGACCUUGGGCUGGCCCUGACAGCCUGGGCCGGCUGUUCAGAUCGGCCUCCUGCCAGAUACUGGUUCAGCAUCUGAUCUCUACCUUCAUAAAAUCGGUUAUUUUUUUAAGAAAACUUUAAAAAUGCUAAGUGUCUAAGGACAAGAAAGGUAAGGAGGGUCGCUGGGGGAGCCCCCAGAGACUGAGGACCAGCGCAGCUCCUCCCUAUGCAACCACGAUGGAGCAGAGGUCCUGCACAGAAGUGACAACUCUGCUGGCACACCCCUGCCUCAGUUCAAGUCCUACUGGACUUCUGCCUGCUGGACAUCCAGGUGGCUCCCUGCCCCUGAACACACCAGGUUGAUGUCGGCAACCCAGUACCCAUCCCAUCUUCCUGUCUUCUUGACUGCUUAGUUGAGAGACAUGACCGAUGUCCCCUUGGGUUUCGAAUAUAGAGUGUUUGUGUGUAUUUCUAAAUUAAGUUAUUCCCUCAAGGUUUCCUCCAGGUUUUGUUUAACUGAUACUCAAUGAAAGUUUCUGGAAUGCUCUGUUUAAAAAGAAAAGCAACUCACGUGGAACCAGCAAUACACUGCCUCUGGUGACGUAUGAGGUUCUGGGGGAUGGGAGGGGCUUCUUGGCAAGGAGUGGCCAUUAGGAGCUGAAGGGGCAGUGGGCUCAGAACCCACAUGCCUCUGGCUGAGGUGUCAAAGAAACAAGCCCAGAUGUGGUUAACAGAACUUUAUUAAGUCACAGAAACUUUAGUGCAAAACAAAUUAAUAUCUAGGUCCUUUUAGCUGCACAUGCCCAUCCUGCUGGCUGUCCCCUGGCAACCGGAGGCACGAGAGAAGCUUCAGUUCUUCAACAGACGGUACCUACUCUACACGGGGACCCCUCAGUUCAUCACCUGCUGCCAGGCAGAUGCUUCAUCCACUAUGAGGUGGCAAAAGGGCAAUUCAACAAGAGCUAUAAGGUAGCAAAGGGGCGUGCAGGGCGACAGCUGGGCAGACAACACUCUUCCCGGGCCUCACACAACAAAAAAAGGCCAGACUCACAUGGGCAAGUUACAUUCAGCAAUUUCCCUCCCCACCCUAGCCCACAGAACCCCAAACAAGGCAGACAGGGGAAUACAGGAAAGCAGAGGGGUAAGGCUGACCUAGACAGCAACAUCCCAAGCAAGCCACCUGCAGGUGCUUCUGAAAUCUCUGUGCUAUGACAACGGCAAUUUCAUCAUCCUAAAGACCUGAUUAUUCUGUGUUUCUAAUUAUCCAUAGAAACUCCUUGGUACCACAGGAAGGGGAGCAGCUCCCUCUUCAAGGUAGGAGGUGGCCGUAAGAGCCCCAUCCCCACACAAGUCAGGGCUCAGAAGAUGCUCCUGCCCUCUGGCUCACCACCCCCUCCAGUAUACGGGUGAAAGGGCAGCUGGAGGGCUGAUCCCUGAGUGUCCUCAUCCUUCAAGCAGAAAGGGGACACUGAAAGGGGCUGUCAGCGCCUCUCACAUGACAGUAAUGCUACAAGAUGGAGGAAGGACAAAGGGCGGGGGGGGGGGGGGCCUAUUUAGAAUUAAGUCAAA